AGUUGGAAAAAGACAUAUGGGCACCCAUCACGGUGUUGUAUUUCCACCACGGGUAUGUAGUAGACAUGAAUGACCUCAAGAGCUGAGAAACAAUUCCAUGCAAUAGAAUAAUCAGGAUGUGGUGACAUCUGGUCCUGGGACAAGGAGACUCUGGUUAACAAGGAGUCAUGGGAGAUGCCUAGCAGAGAAUGCCCACAAACACACCAGGGACUGCUCCAGUGCGUGGGCCCACACAGUUAGGGGGAGUCUCGUUGCUGAGUCCUCUUCCCCCCUCUACAAAUGUGAAAAAUGAAAGUAAUUGCAUCUGCCGGAGGAGAGAGCCCCAAAUGGUUCCUUGAUGGGGGGGCGCAUCCUGAGCCGUGUGGUAAUCUCGGAAGCCGGAGAUUAGGAAAUGCUGCACUGGGAGUUUCCAUUCAGGAGGUGGAAGAGAUAGGCACAGAGCAGAAGUUUCUGUUUUCAGAGUGUGGCACAUUUGAGGAAGUCACAGCACAAAGCAAUGAAUGAAAAAAGAAUACAUUUCAUAUAAAACGGGUGCAAUUUAGGUACUUUGAGAGUCUGGAGUUUGAGCUUUCUGCACAUUAAGAGCAGAAGGUGUCUGGUUCACACCCAGGCCCGGUAUACACAGGUUUAUUCAGAGGUAAACACCAACCACAGCGAGAGAGACCAGGAAGCAGCGGGUUUCUCACCCCAACCCCCACCGGAGGACUCCAUCUCUGCCCCAGGCCCAUGGCCUUCCUAUCAUUGCUGGUCCCACUUUGCACCAUGAGAGCAAAAGUUGCUCCACCUCAGAUCAUCAGGGAUUACAUCCUCGAGGUUGAGGACCCCUGCCUAACAGCAUCUCCUUCGGCCUGUCUUGCAAAAGGUACCCAGCAAGACUCAGGCACUACUGGCGGGAGCGUGAGAGCAGGUACUCAGUAGGUACUGGGAACGUGGAUUUCGCCGAGGGGCGCUGUUUCCCUAGAAUCUUCUUCCGGCUUCCCUGGGAGUAAACGCUUUCCACUUGGGAAGGACGAUCACUCUAGAUGAACUUUGAGCUUCUGCCCCAGCAGGAUAGACUCCCAGAUUCGACGCUGGGGUUGGGAGGAAAUCAGGGCAGACAUACUUUGGUAUCGGGCAACAUCACCAAUAACUAGUUCCAAUGAAGGCCGGAAAGAGCGAAACCAGGUUUUGUUGGCGCGCGAUCCCGGCCCGGGUCCAGGGGUUCGCCCUUACCCCAUACCAAACUCUCCUGGUUUGGGCUUACACUGCGGCCGCCUCUCGCGAGCCCUGGAACUUGAGUGGGUGCGGGGUGGAGGAGGGCGCGGAGCACCGCGCUGUGUCUGUGACCUUAACCGCAAUCUGAGCCCAACACCAGCACGUUAGGAACUACGAUCUUCCUUCGGGGACAGGGUGCCGAGUCGCGGUCGCCCUUGCCAACUCCGCAUCCGGGUGCCCUCUAGCACCCUGGCUGCCGGGUAACCCGGCUCAGAGGGAACUCGUAGGUGUUUUCCCAGGCCUAGAGCCGGUGCCGCGCGGUACUCCUUGUCCCCGGGAGGCGUGGCGAGGCCGAUUCCGCUCAGGGCGCGCCCCACCCCUGCCCCGCCUCCAGCUCCGCCCCGGGCCCCGAGGGCAAGUUGGGGGAGGGGGAGGACGGAAUUUCCCAGCGCGGGGGCUCCGGCCGCCCCGCAAGCCGGCGGGCUCUUUCUGUUUACGGAGAGAAAGGGGAAAUGGAAAAGGCGGGGAGGCGGCGGCUGGAGUCUGCUGCGCCGCCCCUCGGCCGGCUCAGACGCCGUGACUCAGGGGCCGACGAGGGCGGCCCGGGAGCGCGAGCUGCUCAGGGCUCAUUUGGCAGCUCGGACCUGGACUGCGCGCCACGCUCCGGGGCCGGUCGCCCUGGCUCCCUCUUCUGCUGUCGCCGGGCCUGGGGACCCCGGAGCGCCCGGCUCCCGGGGGCUGCCCACCAGCUGCGACGAGAGCCGUCGGGGGACCGCGGCGGGAGCGCUCCGCUCGCGGGACCGCGCGGAGGCAGCAGACUCUUUGGAGAGCCCAGCAGUGAUGGAGUUCAUGAGCACCGGGAGUGACAACAAAGAAGAACUCGAUUUAUUAAUGAAACAUUUGAAUGUGUCCGAUGUGAUAGACAUUAUGGAAAAUCUUUAUGCAAGUGAAGAGCCAGCGGUUUAUGAACCCAGUCUGCUGACCAUGUGUCAGGGCAGUAACCACAACGAGGAGGAGCGAUCUGAGUCUCUGCUGCUCAGUGGGCAGGAGGGGCCCUGGUUGUCCUCAGUCAGAUACGGGACCGUGGAGGACUUGCUUGCUUUUGCAAACCACAUAUCCAACACUGCGAAGCGUUUAUACAGACGCCGACCUCAAGAAUCUGGAAUUUUGUUAAAUAUGGUAAUCACUCCUCAGAAUGGACGCUACCAGAUAGACUCUGAUGUUCUGCUCAUCCCUUGGAAGCUGACCUACAGGAACAUUGGCUCUGAUUUCAUUCCUCGGGGGGCAUUUGGGAAAGUGUACUUAGCACAAGAUAUAAAGACUAAGAAAAGGAUGGCAUGUAAAUUGAUCCCAGUAGACCAAUUUAAGCCAUCUGACGUGGAAAUCCAGGCUUGCUUCCGGCACGAGAACAUUGCCGAGUUAUAUGGCGCCGUUCUAUGGGGUGAAACUGUCCAUCUCUUCAUGGAAGCAGGCGAAGGAGGGUCUGUCCUGGAGAAACUGGAGAGCUGUGGACCCAUGAGAGAAUUUGAGAUUAUUUGGGUGACAAAACAUGUUCUCAAGGGACUUGAUUUUCUGCACUCAAAGAAAGUGAUCCACCAUGACAUUAAACCUAGCAACAUCGUUUUCAUGUCCACAAAAGCUGUUUUGGUGGAUUUUGGUCUAAGUGUCCAAAUGACCGAAGAGAUCUAUUUUCCUAAGGACCUCCGUGGAACAGAGAUUUACAUGAGUCCGGAGGUGAUCCUCUGCAGGGGCCAUUCGACCAAAGCAGACAUCUACAGCCUGGGGGCCACUCUCAUCCACAUGCAGACUGGCACCCCACCCUGGGUGAAGCGUUACCCACGCUCCGCCUACCCCUCCUACCUGUACAUAAUCCAUAAGCAAGCGCCUCCUUUGGAAGAUAUCGCUGAAGACUGCAGUCCUGGUAUGAGAGAGCUGAUUGAGGCUGCCCUGGAGAGGAACCCCAAUCACCGGCCUAGGGCAGCAGACCUACUGAAACACGAGGCACUGAACCCCCCCAGGGAGGAUCAACCCCGCUGUCAGAGUCUGGACUCUGCCCUCUUUGAGCGGAAGCGGCUGCUGAGCCGGAAGGAGUUGGAACUUCCUGAGAACAUUGCCGACUCUUCGUGCACUGGGAGCACUGAGGAAUCGGAGAUGCUGAAGAGGCAGCGUUCUCUCUACAUAGACCUUGGGGCCCUUGCUGGCUAUUUCAACCUUGUCCGGGGUCCGCCGACCCUAGAGUAUGGCUGAUGGCUGGUGGCGUUUGCCCUGAAUUAGGACUCAACAUUCAUAGAUCUCUGGGAAGCUGAUUCUGCUGACUCUGCAUAGGAUCUUCAUCGAGGGAAUUGUAUUUUUAUUGGCUGGGCUCUUCAGACUCAUGAAUGUGACUCCAUGUGGCUCCUGUGUGUUGAUGUGUGAAGCUACCCUUGGCCUGCUAGGCUGGAAAGUUCUCAUUUCUCAGGUAGUAUGCCUGACUCUAAGGAAGCUGAGAGUUCACGGAAGGAUCAUUUCUCAGUGACUGAUUCCGUUCAUUGUGCACUUUGCUCAAAAUUUUAAGAAUACCAAUUACAAGAAUAAUAUAUUAGCCUACAAUGACUGUUCUUGGUUCUAUUAAUAAUUUAACGAAGGGAACUUCUUUUAACUCAGUGUAUAUAUGGUGUAUAUUGGUAUAUAUUGUAUGAUAACUCUUCAAGCCUUUGUAAAUGCUGGUAGAAAUGAAAAUCUUUAUAUCUGGGGUAAAUAGAACAACUUGAAUAUUAUAGCGAUAAGCUGAGCUAGUGUCUUAAAAAUGGCUAACCGAUGAAUUGGGAGCCAUGUGACAGCUGCCGCUAGUGACAGGUUUGGUUUGGUUCCUAUGGAAACAUUUUGUACUGUACAUGCUAUGCUUCAGACAUUUGAAACAUGAUGUUUUGAAUGUGGAUAAAACUGUGUUAAACCACAUAAUGUCUGUACAUCCCAAAGGAUGAGAAUAUGACCUUUAAGAAAAAUGGAACAUUUAUAAAUUCUUAAUGAUGCUACUUUUAUAAUUCUUACUUCUCUAUUUUCUUGAAAGCAUUUGUAUAUUAAAAUAGCAUACUGUGUAUGUUUCAUAUCGAAUGCCUUCAUGAAUCUUUCAUACAUAUAUAUUUUUAACACUGUAAUGUAUGUGAGUAUUCCUCCUUCAAGUAUGUUUUUACAUCAUGCAAAUGAAAAUGAGACUUUUAUCCAACAUGACCCAUCAAAUCAGCUGAAUAAAUUCAGUAUUUUGCCUGAA